UAACACAGGAUUUGGUAACAGCGCGGACGACAUUAAAAGCUGGUGACAGCUCUACAGACAUCGCCUUUGCUGCGGCCUAUUUCCCAGGCGACAACAGCGACAUUACUUCCGACGUUCCCGCGACUUCCGUUUGUCGUCGGCUUUUGAUGCAAAGGCCCACAAUGUGGAGUACGGAUGUACAGAAACGAAUCUUAGAGGUGUUAACCGACUGCUCUCCAACUAGUGAUGGAUACUUGGAAUGUUUUGGCAGUGCAAACCUCCUCUUCGGCUAUAGGACGCGAUGACAUUACUGUGGCAUCUAAGGAGAAGCUGACGAUCGAAAAAUUGCCCGACAAGGUGCUGCUGCACAUCUUUUCUUACCUGUCGCAUCGUGAAAUUUGUCGAUUGGCGCGCAUCUGUCGACGCUGGCGUCAGAUCGCCUAUGAUACACGUCUCUGGAAAAAUGUUUCACUACGCCCGGAGGUGUCUGGCCUACACGUUGGUUCGCUGGAAUCUUUGCUUGCACUCAUCUCUGUGCGUUUCGGUCCCACGCUGCGCUACAUUGAGCUGCCAAUCGAGCUGAUUACGCAUACAGUGCUGCAUGAGCUUUCUGCCAAGUGUCCAAAUCUCACCCAUAUGCUGCUGGACUUCUCCACAGCCAUGCAGUUGCAUGAUUUCAGCGAGAUGCAGGCUUUUCCCACCAAGCUGCGCUACAUGUGCAUUUGCCUUUCAGAGGUGAUCUUCAUGGAGGGCUUCAUGCGUAAAAUUUACAAUUUUAUCAAUGGCUUGGAGGUUUUGCACCUCAUCGGCACCUACGAGAAGUGCGAAGAGGAGGAAGAGGAGAUAUACGAAGUUAUCAAUGUGCAUAAACUCAAAUCGGCCACGCCCAAUUUGCGUGUGAUCAAUUUGUAUGGCAUUAAUUUUAUUGACGACUCGCAUAUAGAUGCCUUCAGCUCGAAUUGUAUUCAGUUGGAGUGUUUGGCUGUGAACUUUUGCAACAAGGUGACUGGCAGCACUCUGAAAACACUAAUACAGCGUUCGAAACGAUUAAACUGCUUGCUAAUGAACGGUACUAGUCUGAAGUCGGAAUAUGUAAUGCAGGUUGAAUGGGAUAAAUGCGCCUUGCAGGAGCUAGACAUAACCGCCACUGAUUUGUCGUCUGAAUGCCUUAUUGAUCUGUUGACGAAAAUACCAAAUUUGAAGUUCCUGUGUGCGGGCCAAAUCAAUGGUUUUAAUGACACGGUGCUGAAGCAAUGGAUGGAGUCGGGGCUGACGAGGUCUCUUAUCUCGUUGGACUUGGACUCCUCGGAUAAUAUUUCAGAUGAAGCGUUGCAGAAAUUCCUCAUGCGCCAUGGCCAACAGUUGGCCGCAUGCUGUCUCUCUGGCAUGCCACAUAUUACCGAUCAGCUCUGGAUGAGCAUAUUGCCUGUGUUGUCGAAUGCAAAAAUUAUUGUUAUGGGAACAGCGGAAAAACUUGGCGUCAAUAUACACGUCGAUCAAUUAAUGGAUACGAUUGCGUCGAGCUGUGGAAAUUUAGAGCGAUUAGAGCUAAGAUGGGAUCCGGAUAAUUUGCGUUUCUCAGACAAGAGUCAAAAAGCCAUUGAUUUACUCCGUGUCAAAGGUCUCAAGUUGCGCUGCAUGGUUUUGAGUGAUGGUCGAUACUAUGAGACGGUGAAGGCGAAUUUCGAGCGCGCCGAUCGUGUAACUGUCGUACGCACUACGACUUGUUGCCGCGUAUCACCUUACCAUUUGUUGCGCAAUUACAAUGAAUUGAUUUUCAAUUAAGAACGUAAUAGAAUUAUUCAAUGUUGUUGUUUUACUGGCCAUUUUUUGUGAACUGAAAUGUUAUUGUUGCUUUUUUAAAUUAAAUUAAAAUAAAUGUAUUUCUCAAUAAAAUCAAUUUACUACAUAUGU